AGGUGCGCUUGGCAAUAGCUGAAAAAGCCUUGAAGUGCGAAGAGCACGAUGUAAACCUGCCGCUGAGCGAGCACAACGAACCAUGGUUCAUGCGCUUAAAUUCCUCCGGAGAAGUACCUGUCCUCAUCCACGGGGAAAACAUCAUUUGUGAGGCAACGCAGAUUAUCGAUUACCUUGAAGCAACGUUUGUAGAUGAGGAAGUACCAAGGUUAAUGCCAGAAGAAGGGAGCAUGUAUUAUCCAAGGGUGCAACACUAUAGAGAGCUUUUAGACUCCUUGCCUAUGGAUGCCUACACGCAUGGCUGCAUCCUGCACCCCGAGUUAACAGUGGACUCCAUGAUUCCAGCCUAUGCUACCAGCAGAAUUCGUAGCCAAAUAAGUAACACAGAAUCAGAGUUGAAAAAACUUGCAGAAGAAAAUCCCGACCUUCAAGAUGCCUAUAUAGCAAAACAGAAGCGCCUUAAAUCUAAACUGCUGGAUCAUGAUAAUAUAAAAUAUCUAAAGAAAAUACUGGAUGAACUGGAAAAAGUUUUGGAUCAGGUUGAGACUGAAUUGCAGCGGCGAAAUGAGGAAACGCCAGAAGAUGAAAAUCAGCCUUGGCUCUGUGGUGAUUUCUUCAGUUUGGCAGAUGUAUCACUUGCCGUCACAUUACAUCGCCUGAAGUUUCUGGGAUUGGCAAGAAGAAACUGGGGAAACGGAAAGCGGCCCAACUUGGAAGCCUAUUAUGAGCGUGUCCUGAAGAGAAAAGCAUUUUACAAAGUUUUAGGACACGUCAACAAUAUAUUAAUCUCGGCUGUUCUGCCAACGGCGUUCCGUGUGGCCAAGAAAAGGGCACCCAGGGUUCUUGGCACCACCCUGCUGGUCAGCGUGCUGGCAGGAAUGGGUUAUAUUGCUUUCAUGUGUCUUCGGAAGAGGUUUACCAACAUGAUGUUAUCAAUUAGAACCAGGCAAAAUUAUUUUUAGACCUGUCUGUCCCUGGUGGUGAGUGAAGGGCAUCUCUACCCCCCAGGAAUAUAGCCCCAGUAAAAUAUAAACGUAGAAGAAAGGUUAUGUCUGUGAAUUAGAACAUUGUCACACAGUAAUCAUCUCCUGCUGUUGUAUAAUUGAAUUGGCAAUGCCAAGAUAUUUAUGGAACAUAUAUGUUGCAGGGACAACAAAGGAAAGAAGAGACUUUCUGUGCAGUUGAGGACCUAUAAGGGCUACGACAGUGCUUUGUUAAAGUGAUUAUUGUCUCCUUUACCCACUAGCUGACCUAAUUAUAAUGCUUUUAUUUAAUAGAUAUGCCGCAAUGUGACAGCUUUUCGCUGUGGGUGAAAUGCAUUGCUGUGCAGAAACCAGCAUUGUUGAAAUACUGAAAAUAGCACUUACUUUAAA